GUGUCUGUUAUCGCAAUGGUAUUAACUGGGAAACAUCUGACACCGGUUAAUGUUUUCAUGCUUGUCUCUUUCAUCUAUGUAUCAAGAGUCACCUGUUCAAUUUUACUGGCCAGUGGUUUGCAAGACACAUAUGACGCGUAUGUUUCACUCAACAGAAUAGAAUAUUUUCUUUUGUUACCAGACCCAACCACGGGCACCGCUCCAGCUCUUCAGUUCGCGGAUCCCACAAGAAACAUGGAGGGGUCCGCAGCGAUGUUGAAGAGUUCUUUAUGGCAGCAUAAGGAAGAAAUGAGAGAAAACGAACAAGAUGACAUUGAUGAACAUAAAACCCGUGACACGAUGGAUACUUUGACUGUGUUAAGAUUAAGUUAUGAACAGUCAAAGCGAAAAGACGAAUUUAUUUUACAAGAUAUCGAAUUUAAGGCAGCUUCAGGGAGCUUAGCAGUCAUUACCGGGCCAGUAGGUAGCGGAAAGUCUACCCUUCUCUCAGCAAUCGCUGGCGAGGUACCAGACAAACAGGGGAACGUAAUCUGCAGAGGGGCUCUUGUUUACGCACCUCAGAUAGCUUGGGUAUUCUCGGGAACAAUUAGAGAAAACGUUUUGUUUGGCGAACCAUACAAUGAAUCCAAGUACAAAAGAGUCAUUGAAGCUUGUGCGCUGAGAGAAGACAUUCAUCAGUUUCCCGAUUGUGAUGAAACAAUGGUUGGAGAACGCGGUGAAUUGUUGAGUGGAGGUCAGCGCGCCCGAGUAAGCUUGGCACGCGCAGUCUAUGCAGAUGUGGACCUUUACUUGUUCGAUGGCCCCUUAAGCGCUGUAGAUGUCAAGGUUGGUCAACAUAUUUUUGAAAAAUGCUUCAAAGACCUGCUGGGUCAAAAAACCCGUGUGAUUGAUUCCCACCAAGAACAGCUUAUGGAAGAGGCUGAUAAUAUCAUUGUGUUGUAUAAAGGCCGUGUUUUGGGUGAAGGAAGCUUUAAUAAGCUGAAAGAAAGAGGAAUUCUGAAUGAAACUAUUGAUCCACUCUAUACCAUGAAAGUAAGCAGUGGCAAGUCAGAUCACCACCUUGAUGAAUGUAAUAAUGAGGACGAUGGUGCAUGGGACAAACCUUUCCCACCCCAGGUCAAAAACGAGGCAAAGGGUCUACAGAUAUCGGAAGAAGAUCGCAUGAUCGGAGUCGUGUCAUCCAAGCUUUACUGGAAUUACUUCAGAAGCGGGUUGAAUUCGCUGGCGAUAAUUUCAUUAUUGCUACUUUUUCUCAUCUCUCAAGUCAAGAACAGAAAUAAGACGCGAACCAUUUAUACGAGCUGUUCUCGUCUUAGAUAAGACAUGCUCGUAUAAAUGGUACAGUUCGCGUCUUAUUUAAGACGCGUCUUAUUUUUCCUCGUAUAAAUGGCCCUAUUGAGUUCCUCCUUAGACCUUUCUAUGUUACGCAAAAUCUAUGUAUAUAACAUAAAGAAUGAAGUAGCCUGAGAACUGACAGCAGACAUUUCGUGCGCGAUGCCACCAUUGGUUUUCCCGCGAAACGACGUCUGAGAAACGAGUGCAGAAAUUCCAUACUGAUGACGUGUAACUAGUCAGAUCUGGGUAGAGUCUGAUGGUUGAAGCAAAUUUCCCACACGGAGUGACCAAUCAGAAACACUAUCCAGAUCUGGGGUCAAUUUCAUAAAAAUAUUACAAGUGUAAUUUCCCAGUGUGGCUAUUGUUCUCAUACUCUAAAACAAUAGCCACACUUGUAAAAGUUUUAUUAAACUGGCUCCAGGAUAGUGACAAGUCAUCAGUAGAGAAUUUAUGCGCUCAUUUCUAAGAUGUUAUUUCGCGUGAAAACCACUAGUGGCAUCGCGAAGUGUCAGCAGUUUUCUCAGGCUAAGAAUGAAGCGCGUCUUUUAAAAAUCAAUGUUUUAUUUUCAGCCGUGAAAUAAGUAUUAUCCGAAAGAAGAGCAUCAUUUUGACAAGCCUUGCUGCCUUGGACAUGGCUUCAGUGCCAAUGGCUGCACUUGUGUCUGUUAUUGCACUGGUAUUAACUGGGAAACAUCUGACACCAGUUAAUGUUUUCAUGCUUAUCUCUUUCAUCUAUGUAUCAAGAGUCACCUGUUCAAUUUUACUGGCCAAUGGUUUGCAAGACACAUAUGACGCGUAUAUUUCACUUAACAGAAUAGAAUAUUUUCUUCUGUUACAAGACCCACCCACGGACACAGCUCCAGCUCUUCAGUUCGCGGAUCCCACAAGAAACUUGGAGGGAUCCGCAGCGAUGUUGAAGGGUUCUUUAUGGCAGCAUAAGAAAGAAAUGA